GGGAGGAGGAGCGGCGCUACGCAGUGCGCCGCCGCCAUUUUGGUUGGGCUUGCGUCGCUUCCGCUGCCGCGAAGUAAACAGAGAGGGAAAGGGGGGAGCGGAGCAAGGAGAAGCGUUGGGACGAGGCGAGUCGAGUGGGACGUGUCACCGGGCGAAGGAGGCGCCGGGGUCGGCUGCGGUGGAGGGGCUCAUGUGGCCGGAGUGGAGGCGGCAGCGCGGCCCGAGCCCCGGUUGACGCAAGGCGCAGCAGGGAGCCGCCAGGAUGAAACGAGGAAGGAAGACUAAUGAGGCGAACAACAGUUCAUCUGAAGAGACUGCUGGGAAAGAAUCCAAGAGGCACAAGAGUGUAGAUGACAAAGCCGCAGUUGUGCAGAGUCCUGACUGGGGUAACCUGCUCCAAGACAUUAUCCUGCAGGUAUUUCAGUACUUGCCCCUUUUGGACCGUGCUCAUGCAUCACAGGUCUGCCGAAGCUGGAACCAAGUGUUUCAUAUGCCUGAUCUCUGGAGGUGUUUUGAGUUUGAACUGAAUCAACCGGCUACAUCUUACUUGAGGGCUACGCAUCCUGAAUUGAUCAAGCAAAUAAUAAAGAGGCAUUCCAAUCACCUGCAGUAUGUAAGCUUUAAGGUGGACAGUAGCAAGGAAUCUGCAGAAGCAGCUUGUGAUAUUUUAUCACAGCUUGUGAAUUGCUCUCUGAAAACUCUUGGACUAAUUUCAACAGCCCGGCCAAGCUUCAUGGAUUUACCGAAGGCUCACUUUGCUUCAGCACUGACGGUAGUUUUUGUAAACUCCAAGUCAUUAUCAUCAAUCAAGAUAGAUGACACGCCAGUUGAUGAUCCUUCUCUCAAAGUGCUAGUGGCCAACAACAGUGACACGCUCAAACUCUUGAAAAUGAGCAGUUGUCCUCAUGUGUCUCCAGCUGGAAUCCUUUGCGUGGCUGAUCAGUGUCAUGGUUUACGUGAGUUGGCGCUCAACUACCAUCUGCUGAGUGAUGAGCUGUUGCUUGCCUUGUCUUCUGAAAAACAUGUCAGGUUAGAACACCUUCGCAUAGAUGUUGUGAGUGAAAAUCCUGGACAGGUUGAAUUUCACACUAUUAAAAAGCAAAGCUGGGACGCUUUUGUUAAACACUCCCCCAAAGUCAACAUUGUGAUGUAUUUUUUCCUAUAUGAAGAUGAAUUUGACCCAUUCUUCAGAGAGGAAACCCCUGUUACUCACCUUUACUUCGGAAGAUCAGUAAGCAAAGAUGUACUUGGCCGCGUUGGGAUGACGUGUCCUCGGUUGGUUGAAUUGGUCGUGUGCGCCAAUGGAUUACGGCCGCUGGAUGAGGAGCUGAUCCGUAUCGCUGAGAGGUGCAAGUAUUUGUCAGCUGUUGGCCUAGGAGAGUGUGAAGUCUCUUGCAGUGCCUUUGUUGAGUUUGUGAAGAUGUGUGGCGGUCGUCUCUCACAGCUUUCUAUUAUGGAGGAAGUUCUGAUUCCUGACCAGAAAUACAGCUUAGAGCAGAUUCACUGGGAAGUUUCAAAGCAUCUUGGUAGAGUCUGGUUCCCAGACAUGAUGCCCACAUGGUAAUGUGAAAGACUUUAGGGCAGAUGAAAUAGCACCUUAAGCUUACUAUGUUGCAAUUUAUUGUAUAAGCUUAAUUAAUACUGUAGUUAAUUACUCUAAGUCACUGCAAUGUUUAGUAGAAUUUCAUUCAGAACUGAUUUGUGAAAUUCAAAUAAUUUAAAAUGGAAAUCAUGAAUACCUCUAAAACCCUUUUGCGUCCAAUGAUGGAUUAGAUUUAUUCUUUUUAAUUGAUAAAUUAGGAAUUUCUUAUUUCUAUAAAAAUUAAAACAUGAAAAUGUAACUGUAGAGUAACUUCAAUAUCCUGAUCUUCUUUCAUUUAGAAACUAGUAUUGAAUACAAUUGGAUUUGUUAUUAAAAACCAAAAAAAAGACCCACAAGUUGCAUGCUCUGUUGCAGAUUAUAGCAUGACUAAAUCCAGUCACCCAGAUGACAGGGUUAAGAAUAUAGGGAGAAUUUAGUAGCCUGUGAGAUGUAUACAUUGUUUAUAUAAAGUCGUAAAAAGCAGGAUCAAUAUAUAACAAUAUAGGAUAGAAUAUGAAAAUACUGAAUUUGCUACCUUAUUUAGCAGAUUAUUAGUUCUAUCUAAAGUGUGUUUAGAGUGCAAACAAAUAGUAGUGAGAGCUACCAGAAGGGGUUUGCUUUUAUUUUUCCUCUAGGCAUUGUAUUGUAGUUUGCUUAUGGGGUCUCAGAUUUAUGUCCAAACCUGUUUUAAGGUAUUUUAUGUCUAGCUCAGGAAGCGGAAGCAUUCUGGGGAAAACUGUAGAUACGUUGUAUUUAAAAAAGCAUUGAAGUUAAUGAGCUUUUCUUGCACAUUAACCAGUUUUGCAGCAUAUUGUUAGACAGAAUAAUGUACAGUUUAUUAAAUGUACCCUGUGGUACUCAGUGGGACAACAUGGAUGUGAACAGUGUGAGGUGAGGUAAAUUAGGAUUGAUGACUGAGGACCUUUGAACAAGACCUUAGACAUUGUUGGCUGCUUUCAAUCUUAGGGAAAAAUGAUAUUGUAAUGGUUGCUUAUGCUGCAUAAACUAAUUGUACACUGUAAAUCAGUUUCAAAAACGUUUAUGUAUAAAGUAAAUGUUUGAUAGACAAUCAUUUUGUAUAACUUUUAAUUCAGCUAGUUCAGUCAUUUCAUAUUUUAAAACUUCAAAGCAGUAAACUUAUGUGAAGUAGAGCAAUAGGGGAAAAUGUUUUGAUUAUUUGGAAUUUCUUUUUUUUUUUAAAGAAAGUUCUAGUCUUAAAUAAUGUAGGCAACAUAUUGCCUGUGAUCUGGAUGUGUCUUGUGACUUCCUACUGCCAAUGGUUAGGUUACUUUCUCUUCUGUUGACUGAUAACACUAAACUGUUAAUGUGACAGAUGAAUGCUUGGAAGGUGUGAUUGGCCACCUGCAAGGCAGAGCUUCUCCAGCCUGGAGCUGUACUGAGCUCAGCUGGUGGCUGCUUCUCAUUUGAGCUGUACAGCUAACUCUGUUAAUGAGUAGGUUUUCACUUCUUGAUUCAGUAAUGUUUUAUCCAAAUGUAUAGUUCAACAGUAAUAUACUUAUGAGCAUAUUUAGUUCAUAAUGAUAUUUUGAGCAAGCAUUGCUCAGUGGACUGGAUGUCUUUAUAGGGAGUUGUAUGUUUCUGUAGAGCUUUGUCAUUUAAAAAUCACAUUUUAUGAAAUACACAUUUUUGUAUUAGAAUUUAUUAAUGUACUGCUAUAAUUUGCUUUCAUUUGUAUAAAAGGUGUCAAUAUAUCUAGAUAACUGAAGUAAAGAAAGUUCAGUGUUUUUCAUAUUGUCGCUCUCAGAAUGACCUCUGUGGUAAAGAUGGAGUAACACUAAUAGGUUGGGGAAGAGGGAAUGUUGUCACUAAGUCAACAUGUGAUGUCUUCUUCUAAUGAAACUCUUAGGACCUUGACUCCUCAUGUUCUCAUACUGGCAAGGUAAGCCGUACUUGGUCUUUUGCUCACUGUUGUGGUAGUGCAGUGACAGAAAGGCAGGACAGAUAUCCCACAUACCUUCAUCUCCUCACUCCAGGAGUUCUCAUCUUUUAAUUCCAGCCUUCUGCUUCUCACAGAGAGGUCUGAACUGGAGAAUAUGGCAGGAAGGCUUUAUACUUAGUUGUAAUUGAGCUGCUCUCCCCAUCAAGAGUGGCCUUUUCUGAGAAGGUCUCUAUUCCGUUUCGUAACUUUCAAAUGGUCCUUCUGUGUAUAGAUAGAGAUGUAUAGAUGUGACACUCAGUGUUGAAGAAGCAGUUGUCUCCCCUUCCAUUAAAGUCUGCACUUUUAUAUCAAACCAGUUAGUGUUCUCAGCUCAACUAAAUGGCUCAGAUGUCCCAGGCAAGUCUACAUUGUAAAUAUCUUCAAGAAAAGCUGCAGUAGUACCCUUUUAAGCAAAUCUUGUACUAUUCUUUGUCCUCAACACCUGGUGGAAGAAACAAACAACAAAAUCCAUGAUGUAACAGGAGUACCACAGUCUGUCACAAAGGUCAUGUGGGGUUGUCAAAAUAAAAGCUGCUGCUGAAUCUGAAACUGGA